AUGCAACCCCCCACCUCCUUCUCCGCGAUGAUCAAGCAGAUCGACGCCGUAGCAGAAGAUUUCACCCGUCUGCUGCCGCACCUCGACGCUGCCGAGGUGCUCCUCCCGACCGACCAGGUCCUCCAGCUGCACUGGGCCCUCGCUCGCCUCGCCUCGCUCGUCGCCGGCCCGCAGUCACGUCUCUUCGUCGAGAGCAUUGUCCGCGACGAGCGCACGCGCAAGGCCAUCCUGCAGCUCCUGUCCACCAACUACGUGCCUCUCCUCGACCGCCGCGUGCCCGACGUCGACGUCGUCCUCCGCGAGAACCUCAUCGUCAUAUUCGUCUUGAGGGGCAACUUCCACGGCAACGAUGGCGGCGAUGAUGAGGAAACAGACGAUGAUACAGAGGACGCGCAGAACGGCCGCAUCCUCACGCAGGCGCUGCGCAAGGCACACCCGGCUGCGCUCCUCGCGUGGUCGCUGUACUGCAGCCCAGGCACCUGGACGAGCAUGCGCAUCGGCUGCUUCUUUCCUGUGUUCGACCGCUUCCGGGAGCACUAUUCGUACGACAACUUGCCCGAGUACGCGCUGCCCGCGAUGAAGCGUGUCGCCACACAAUAUCCGCUGAGCGCGAAUGCCGACUUUCUUCGAUUUGUAGAGCGCAUUGUUGCGGAACGGGAGGCCCCGUGA